GUAGUUUUGGUGUCGUGCUCUAGUCCUAUUAUAAUAGUAUACAUUACACAUUUAUAUCGAAAAAUAAAUAAAUAAUACCUAAAUAGACAUUUUCCGGCAGUGAAAAAUGUGUGUGAUGCAGUUUUAGUGAAAAUUAGUGAUGAUUAAUGGCCUCAUUGUCCGGUCAUGGUGAUAAUAAACACGUAAGCGUUUAAAGGAGAUAUCUAGGUAUAAGACAUUGAUAAAUUAUUUGGAAACCAACAAUAAGAAAAUAAAGAUUAAUAGAACCGUUGCUAGUGCAUUUAAAAAUAGGUAUGCCAGUUUCAAAAUCUAAAAUCCCUCACAAACGGAAAUUUUAUUAGAAAAGUUGCGGUCUACACUCUACAGUACGCUUAUUCUAUAUACGAAUCACCUAGUUUUUGUAAAAUAAGGCAAUAAUUAUUAUAAAUAAUGAAAUCAUAUGACUGCGACUCUUCAUCGGAAAGCGAAGAUACAUCUCACGCCAUCUCCCGGAGUAUGAUCCAGGCUCCCUGGAUGAGAGGAAAUGUUGUUGGAUCGAAUUGGGGAUGGCAAGGAGGAUUGCCUGGUAGUUCUUCAGGACCCAGUUCCUCAACAGCUGCACUGCCAGAUCAUCAGCCACCAAAUUACGGAACUUUUUCGCAAGAAGAAUCUCAAGUACCUGGGCGAAGAACCCCUUUGGGUGCUGUAGGUUUGGGCGGGUUCUAUUUUCAAGGAGGGCAGCAAAAUAUUACUACGGCACCGCACGGGCCCCCUUCUGAUGAGAAUAUACCUGAUCCAGCAUGUUCCGGACAAAAUAGUCGAGCUGAAUCCAGGGGUGCGAGUUCUAAUGCGAAUAUCAAAGGAAAAGGGCGCCAAGGCAAGUCCGUGAGGCUCAAUAUAAAUGCCAGAGAGCGCAGAAGAAUGCACGAUUUGAACGACGCACUGGACGAACUUCGGAGUGUGAUUCCUUACGCUCACUCACCUUCUGUAAGGAAACUAUCCAAAAUCGCCACCCUCUUAUUGGCCAAAAACUACAUUCUGAUGCAAGCGAAUGCUCUGGAGGAGAUGAAGAGACUUAUAGCUUAUUUACAAGGUACAGGUGGAGCAGCAGGUUCAGCAAUCGUAGCACCACCAGGUUUCGAUCUGCAAGGAUUCCCCGCCGCAGCAAAGUUUCUUCAGCAACAGCAAGCGUUACAAGCCGAAAACGCGAGACACAAUGAUGGUAACAAUGAAGGAGGAGGUUCCGGAUCUACAAUGUAGAAUUAGUUGAAAAGUUUUGCUCCAUAGAUCUAAUAAUUACAUUAUAAAUGUUCUAAACGUAUAUAAGCAAUAUUUUUGGUGUGAUGUUAAUAAUAACGUUCUAGUCAAUAAUCUCUGUGUGUUUCCGAUAAAGUUGCAUAUAGUGGAAAGAGUGAGAAUUAGAUUUAUUUAAAUAA